CAGUGGAUUCUGAAUUUCGGAGACAUCAAAAAAUCACAAGAUGUCGCGUUUGAACGCGUUGGUCGUCGGCCUGGGCAACUACACCCAUCCACUCACCCGUCAUUCAAUUUCCCAACUCACGCUUGAAAAUAUCCACAACCUUUUGAAUCACCACCAUCGGUAUAACGUGAACUCCGUGGCAUCAGCCUUUCCGUCCUCACCGAGUUCCCAUGAAGAAGCACUAUCUCGGCUACAAUCAGUCCAGUCGGGCUCCGAUCUAUCUAAUCACUUGAAACUCUCCAAGCCAAAUUCAGCUUGGAUAGCCAAACACGAUUUCCAAUCAUUCAAUGGGACAAGCCCUAUCAACCUAACCCUGCACCUUCUCAAACCUCGAGCCGCAAUGAACAUCUCCGGUCCGAUCGUCCAGUCUUAUCACUCUCAGCUUUCCAAGUCUGGCCAUCCGACAAAGCUGAUCAUCAUCCAUGAUGAGCUUGAUCUCAAACCGCUCGUCGUUCGACUCAAACGGCCGCCUCAAUCAUCAAAACACAAGGGCCACAACGGCCUCAGGUCGGUCUUUGCCAGUCUCAGGGCCUACUCUCCCCAAAAUCUAUAUACUAUCGGCAUCGGCGUCGGUCGGGAUGUCUCCAACCCGAGCAAGGAUCCUGGAGACGUCGGAAGAUGGGUCCUCAGCCCACUCACUCGGCCCGAAAUCGAAGCUUGCUCAUGGGACGUCGAAGAUUCACCCUCUUCGAAUCCACAACAUCGAGGAUCAGUGGUCUUGGAAGCAUGGAAGCAGAUCUUAGAAAUCAUCAGAAACUGAUUAUCCAACCUUACACGAUCAACAAGAAAAAAAGAGAGAAGGUUGGGAAAUUAACUCUCGUACUCUUUCCUUCGUGCCAAACUGUUGAACAGUCUAGCGAAUAUUUCCAUACAGCAGUUUCAUUCCUAGAGUUGGAUUGUUGUUUCUGGUGCUAAUUUCGAGAGUCUGAACCAUGGCUAGAUUUGUUUUCCAAGUGUAAUUUUGUGCACACUUGAUCCUCACAAUUUGCUUUCAAUGC